UCUAAAGCUGCCUCUACUAAAAUAAGAGGACGCAAAAACUCAUUAGCCUUGGAGCAUAAGCAACAAAAAGAAAUUAGUAAUAUGACCGUUGAAAAAGCAGAUAAUUCCGAUAGCCCAACUGCAUUAAAGCCUAUCUUAAAGAAAUCAAAAACCCCAAGUCGACGCAGGAAAGUCAUAAAACCACGAAAACCGCGAACAACAAAAGUUAAAGGCAAGAAUAAAGCGGAAGAAACAAAUAUAAGCGAAGAAACAACAAGUGCAGAUGAAGUUGUAGAAAAAAUGACCGAUAAUGAUACAAAAAUUCUACAACCUUGUAUUUAUACCUUACAAAGUAAAAAAUGCCUUUCCGAAAUGACAUGUAAAUUUUUACAUUCCGAUUUUCCUUGCAAAUACUAUUAUCUUAAUCUACAAUGUCCAAAAGAUUUCAAAUGUCAAUUUAUGCACAAUGGUCCAUUAGAGCCCAAAUUAAUGGAAGCACUGCGCAGUCAUAUUUUAGAUUUAUUAACGACAAAACCCUCGGCAGUAGAAACUCAUUUUAUAGAACAAUUACAUAAUAUUGAGGAUUUAACGCAAAGGCUAUUGGCUUUUGAAAGAAAUCAUGAAAAACAGACGUGUGAAAUUAUCGAAGUGAUGGACGAUAACGAUGAAGAACAAGUACUGGUCAUAGAUGAAAGCAGUAAUGAGUUGCAAACUAAUCAAAUUUAA